AUGAAGUGGACGGGGCCUCCCUGGCAGUGGCACCUGGGCACUACCUGUGUCUCUGUCAUAGGAGGCAGGGGCGUCUCCACUGUAUGCGGGAAACCCAAGGUGAUAGGGAAGAUCUACGGUGGCCGGGACGUGGUGGCAGGCCAGUGGCCAUGGCAAGCCAGCCUGCUGUACCAGGGCACGCAUGUCUGUGGAGCCACCCUCAUCAACUCCCGCUGGCUGGUUUCUGCUGCCCACUGCUUUCUCAAAAAAUCUCACGUCCUGGAGAACUACCGGGUUUUGUUAGGAAACACCCAGCUGUACCAGCACACCAGGCACACCCAGAAGAUACCCGUGAGCCGGAUUAUCAUGUACCCAGACUUUGAUAAAUUUCAUCCCUUUGGGAAUGACAUAGCCAUGUUGCAGCUGCUCUUUCCUGUGAACUUCACCUCCUACAUCAUCCCCGCCUGCCUCCCAGCUCCUGGCAUGCAGCUGCCCAGUAACUCGUCCUGCUGGAUAACGGGCUGGGGGAUGCUCAGUGAGGAAAGGCCUCUGCUCGAGCCCUUCCGUCUCCAGGAGGGAAAGGUGGGCCUCAUUGAGAACAAGUUCUGCAAUAUGUUAUAUGAACAAAGAGUUGGCCAAGGCAGGAACUACUCUGUGCACGAUGAGAUGCUGUGUGCUGGGGACUUCUCGACAGGAAAGGCCAUCUGCCGUGGUGAUUCCGGGGGACCCCUUGUCUGUGACCUUACCGACGUCUGGGUUCUGGUGGGGCUGGCCAGCUGGGGCUUGGACUGCCGACAUCCCAUCUACCCCAGCGUCUUCACCAAUGUCUCCUACUUCAUUGACUGGAUCGACGAGAUCCAGAGGCUCACACCGCUCCCUGAUACCAUGUCUGCUCCUCCUCAGACCCAGUUUCCACACCAGCCUCUGCAAGCUGCUGGCUCACUGGGGCCUGGCACAGGCUUUGUGCCCCCACAACCCUGGCCCCUGCUGCUGUUCCUGCUCCAGGCCCCGCGGCAGGCCCUGUGGUGA